CGCGCAACUUCGCGGAGAUAAAAAGGCGGGAGUGAGGCAGGCCGCUCCAGGCCAGGGUGGGGGUUGGCGCUGUAGGCCUUUUGGUUUUUCUCACCUUUUCCGUUCCUCUCUGGGUGCCCCGCAGGCCUGGAUUCUGGUUCCACAGGACUGUAGCUGGGGUCCGCAGAAAGACGACGAGACAGGCCGUCCAGGGCUAAGAGGCCUCUGGGGCCUGGUGGUGGGGUGGCAAUGUGGUCACUAGGGGUCUAUACCCGCAAAAAGCAGGCCCGCGGUAGGCUCAACCUAACCCCAACGACAGGUCUAGGUGCCCGGGCCAAGGCGGAGGCCCCGUCACGGCCCGGCCGAAAGCUCUUUGCCCACUGUAAGCUCCGCGGGGCUGGCUCAUGGCGCAGGAUGCGGGGUGGACAGGAACCAAGGGCGGGGGCGGUUGGGCCUCAGCCCCAGGGUCCCCUCAAAGCCUGCAGGCAGGCCUCUGGGGCUUUUAUCCUGAAACGGGUCACCCUAUCUGUAGGCCUGAAAAGAAAUGGCAAAACGCGUGGUUUGCAGAGAAUCGCGGAAAAAUCUGAGCGGAGUGGUCAGGGAGGUGGCAGCUCUCGGCCACCGAGCACUGAGUUAAGAGUUACAGGAGAGCAAAACCUGCAUGAAAAUAGCACUAGUGAAGAGACCCAGGAUGAGAAGAUUGCUCUAUUGAGUGAGUCAGUGACAGAUGAUCUCCAGGCUGAUAGUAGUUCAUCAAAUAGUAAACAAGUAACAGGACUAAGUUUGCAGCAUGAUAUUUCUGGCUCUCUUCUAAGUUAUUCAUUUACAGACUCUUCUACAGAAUACAAGAGUUCCGAAGAGAAUUUAAGUAGCUUCCCAUCACCUGAGCUCUUCAGAGGAUCAGAUUAUUUAGAAUGGGAGCAUCCCAUGUUGGAAGAAAACAUGCCAUGUAAGAAUUCUACUCUUUUGGACAUAAGUAAAGCAGUAGCAAUAGAGAAGGUACCUGAGUUUUCAAAUCUCUCUGCAAUUUUAGGUACCUCUUCAGAAGACUAUCAGAAAUGCCACAGAAAAGUCAUGACGAUGUUAGCAGACCAAAGUAUUUCUCCAGAACCAAAGGCAGAAUCAGAUAAUGCAUCUUGUAGAGUUUUACUUGCUGAGAAAAAUUACCCUUCGACCCCUGGAGAAAAAAAAGAAAAACCUGAAAAAGAUCCUGAACCUAGAGAUACAAAUUUUCAAACAACGUUAAGCUCUCGUCAUCUAAAAAUCAAGGUUCCAUCAUCUCACCAGAGGUCUGUUGUAGAAAGCAGUGCAGGUAAAUCAGUUGCUGAAGUUCUGCUGCCUCAGCCUCUCAAACCUGCAUUGAACACACAAUCCAGUACUUCUGAUAAGAAAAGCAGAGGCCUGUUAACAAGUACUCCAUCUUCGCAAACACCUGGUUUAGUGAUUGAUUUGUCCUCAGUGCAAAAAGCAUCUUUUGAAGAACUAUUUCCAAAUGUCAGCAAUUAUGUUAAUUCAGAUGAAAUUGUUCCUGUGUCAACUUUGCAAGACAAUUCUUCAAAUGAGGUACCUUCAAAUGCAUCAGAAAUAUGUUAUAUUAUUAAAGCAUCACCAGGAACUAGACAAGUGGAAAGUAAAGGAAUUAUUGUAAAGAAGAAAUAUUCUCUUCCUAAAGAUAUACCUCAAGAUAUUAUAAUAAAAACAAGUGGAAGGAUGUAGCAGGUGUGGCUGAAUUUUCACUACUUUGAAGACUUGGAUGUGAAGUCAAAGUCCGUGAAGCAGAAUAUCUGCUUGAAAUUAUAUAAAAUUAAAAAGUCAAAAUUCUCUAA